ACGACCAUUCGGUCUGACAGUUUCGUUCUUUGUUUCCAUCUAAUAUAUUCUUUUGAUUCCAAAUUUCCAUCUAAUUUACGGCGCGGCGAUCUCGCGAAUUCGUAUCGGGCAAUAUUCCAAGGCUUUUUAUCGUGUGGUGGGAGUUGAAACCCUAGAUCGCGAAGGGCUCCACGGCCGGAUCCGUCUUCGGCGAUUCCGAAAACCCUAAUCUCCAUGGCAUCCCGCAGGAGAAUGCUUCUCAAAGUCAUCAUCCUCGGUGAUAGCGGGGUUGGAAAGACGUCUCUGAUGAAUCAAUAUGUGAACAAAAAGUUCAGUAACCAGUAUAAAGCGACAAUUGGAGCUGAUUUCUUGACCAAAGAAGUCCAGUUUGAGGAUAGGCUCUUCACAUUACAGAUUUGGGACACAGCAGGACAGGAAAGGUUUCAAAGUCUUGGUGUGGCAUUCUACCGUGGUGCAGAUUGCUGUGUUCUUGUGUAUGAUGUCAAUGUCAUGAAAUCAUUUGAUAACCUGAACAAUUGGCGAGAAGAAUUUCUUAUUCAGGCUAGCCCAUCCGACCCUGAAAACUUCCCAUUUGUAGUGCUGGGAAAUAAGAUAGAUGUGGAUGGUGGCAACAGCAGAGUGGUCUCAGAGAAGAAGGCAAGAGCAUGGUGUGCUUCAAAGGGGAACAUUCCCUACUUUGAAACAUCUGCUAAAGAAGGAUUCAAUGUGGAAGCUGCUUUUCAGUGUAUAGCCAAGAAUGCCCUCAAGAAUGAACCAGAAGAAGAAAUAUACCUUCCGGACACUAUUGACAUGGCUGGGGGCAGUCGGCAACAAAGAUCAUCAGGUUGUGAAUGCUAGACGAAGACAGGCAGCUUUAGUUUUCUCCCCCAUUUGUUAUGCAGCUGCAAUAAAUACUGGAAAGUUUAUUUACUGCACUUUGUAUUUUAUAUCAUGUGCCAAAGACAAGAAAUUUGGUGCUAGCUGUUCUGUGGAGGUUUUCCUUUUUUUUUCGGAUGUUGCAUUCCAACCGUGUAAAAGAUUUGCUUGUCCUUGGAUAAUGACUCGAAACUUUGUGGUCUAUCUUGUUUUCACUGUAUAGUUGGUCCGGAUAUUUUGGGAAUUCGAAGAUGAUUCUUUCA